ACUAACUACUCUGUACUACUUUAGACAAACACAAUCGCUAACACGUUUCGAGAUACAACUGUCUGUUAUCACUGAAAAUGGCUGAACGAUUAUAUCGUAAUCGACUAACACAAGCCCCUGUCGAUCUAAAUGUGUUGUGCAAAACUGUGUUAUAUUUGGUGUAAGUGUGCUGUGUUUUAAAAAUGUCAUCGACGUCCUCUGCCGCGGGAAAGAAAUUGGUUCUAAGCACACUUCUCGAGACUGAUCACUACGAAAGCCUAAUCAAGGAGCUAACAUGCACUAAAUGCAACAGAUAUAUGAAACCUCCCAUAUAUCUGUGCGUGGAUGGACAUAGUAUAUGCGGCCCGUGCUACGAAAAGAGCUACCAAUGUCAUAUAUGCCAAAAAGAGUUCGCACAGAUCCGACCAAUAGUGCUGGAAUCGCUCGCCAAGAAAGUGUUAUUCCCUUGUACCAAUAGCGGCUGUCCGAAACACGCGACCAUUUCGCAGCUGGAGCAACACACGCCGAGCUGCCAAUUCAGAAUAAUCAACUGUUUUAUGGCCAGAGUUUAUGGUGAGUGUUCGUGGAAGGGUCGAGCUGGUGACUGGAUGGAGCAUUGCUUCACGGACCACAAACAGAAAGUGACUGAGCUGCCCUUCAUCACUGUCAAAGAUAAAUGGGACGCUAAACGGACAGAACCUGUACUCAACUAUUUCCUACUGAAAUGCUUCGAUAAAAUAUUUAAUGUUUACCAGAUUUAUGAUAAGAGAGGAGGAAGAAUGAUGUGGACUGUCCUAGUGAACGACGACCAAGCCGAUAAGUUUUAUUUCGAAGUUGACAUUUUCCUACCGGACUUACCGUCCAAAAAGAUUGUUUAUAGGCGUCCGUGCAAGUGUGAAAAGGAUGCCGAUUUUCUAGAGCACACUCAAAAUGUGUACAUUCCUGUUGAAAAUAUAUUCUCUAUGCUCGAUGAGAGCGAAUCAGUUAAUUUUACUGUUAGAAUCGAUGAGACACGAGAAUCGAUCGGAUCGUGUCUUGUCACUCUCGAUGGAGCUGGAAUCAGGCACGAGAAUCGAUCGGAUCGUGGCCUGAUACACAGCAGAAACACUAGAACCAGGCACGAGAAUCGAUCGGAUCGUGUCCUGGUAUGUGAAUAUUAGAGUAUGUUGCCCCACUGGCAGCCACAAGUAAAUCGAUCGUCUUGCAGGCAUAUAUGUGGGGUAAGCUGAUAAUAGUGGGUUAUUCGAUUAAUCGAUCGUUCGAAUCCCAAAGAAAUAGUUAGAAGUCAUAUAAGUGAAAGAAAGCAUUAAUCGAUCGUUGUUUUUCUUAUCAAGCAGAACUAUAUAAUUACUUACGAAGUAAUGUGACCAAUAAUAGCAGUAUGUAAUAUAAAUAUUAAUAGUCUUAAAAGAUAAUCAGUUUACGAAUGUAACCGAUUAUAAUGAUGUUUGUGAUUGUUGCAUUAAUUAUGUUGAUUGCAAUGUGUAAAAUCAAUUGAGAAUAUAGUUUGCAGUUUACGAAUAUACCUAACCGUUUUUAUUGAUAUUUGCAACUGUUGCAUUAACUAUGUUGAUUGCGAUGUAUAAAAUCAAUUGAGAAUAUAAUCUACAUUUUGAUAUUUAUGAUACAAGAGUUAUUCAGUUCAUAAAGUAAGUUUAUUAGAAUGGUAUUAACAUUGAAAUUUGUAUACAAUCAGAGUUUUAUAAGUAGAAUAAUAUUAUGAAAAGAGUAAGAGUAAGAGUUUAUGUAAAGAGUGACAACUGACUAACUUUCGAUUGUUAGGAUGCCUCCUGGCGACAUGUGCGGGGCGCACACGUUGUCAGGACGGUCGAUUGUUAGGAUUAAGCAAACUAGAUUCAUAAUUAUAUCACAUUUUUAUUUUCAUGCUGGCAACUUUGUUUUUAAAUGAUCUCUCAGUUGUCAUUCUGUGAUUGGUUGACGCCGGUUGAUGUAAAAUGGCGGGAACCAAUCAGAUUUAUUUUAUCCAAGCUUGAAAGCUACAACUUGACAGAAGACAUUAUUGUUUUCAUGUUGGCGGUCGAUUAUUCUCUGUUGAGCGAAUCACGAGUUAAGUCGAGUAGAAUUGAAACAGUUUUAUAACCAACAUCUUUGAAAAGAGCUACUGUAGAGUUUCUUAUCGAUUCUUCUCUGCAAUGUCUGCAAUUCCGAAUCGAGAGUAGUUUCACCACCAAUAGAAAUAUCAUAAAGUAAUUGAAAUAAAGAAGGUAUUCAAACAAUCAAGAAGUUAUUAUUACCUGAAUCCUGAGUACGCCUACAUUCGUAAGAUGAAUAUCAAAAUUUAAUAUUAUAUAAAUCUUUAUAAAUUAUAAAUACCAAAUUAAACAAAGUAGUUAUUUUAUAGUUUGUUUUAUUGAAUAACUAAUAGUAGCGAUAGAAGAGUAAAGGGAAAAUAUUUAAUGUUUUUAUCUCUGAAACUAGCAAAAAAACUUAUAAGUAGAUUGAGACUGAAUUCUCUUGGAUGUAGAAUAAAUAAUUGUCCAAAACACAAAAUUCGAAAAUUUUUAAAUAGAAUAGUAGCUAAACUUGCAUGUUUUUGUUGGAAUAUGUCCCACUAGUGUCUAAGAAAUUGUAAUCUAGCCCGGGAUUUGUGGAACAAAUUUACAAGUGAACCAGCUGUUUUUUUUACUGUUACUUAAUUAAUAGUUAUACAAAGUAAAAAAGUCGAGUACGAACGAUUUGUAAAUCAAAAAAUGUUCGUAUUUAUUUCUUAUUUACAUAUUACCAACAAUUCGUCUAAAACUUUUAAAUUC